AUGCCGAGCGCGACUGCAAACGGGGCGACAUCAGCAGUCCUGCCGGCCCUGGCGCGGACUGAGUCGCCCGCUCCACCGAAAGCACCAACUGCAGCAAGCACUCCCAGUCGUGGCGCAGGCGUUAUGUCGUUCUCUCACAUCCUUUCUGAGCCCGUCUCCAAACCUCGGCAGAUGUCGCCCGUCCUUGCCGAUGACACGUCCGUCAAAGUCGAAAAGCCUGAUAAAAGUGAGAAGGGUGACAAGGCCGAGAAGGAGAAGAAGCAACCGCGCAAGAGUAUCAAGUCACGCGUCUCGGAUAUCAAGAGCACCGAAUCGACUCCCAAGAUACCUCGUCGGCCCGCUCCCAAGCCUGAAAUUCCUUCUGCUGUACGCAUUGCCACCAAGAGAUUGGCAAAUGGCAUCCCGAAGCACAAAGUUUUCUCCGCCGACAAGGAGAAGAAGAUACGGGACCUCAUGGAGCAGUUUGAACACGAUGAUGUCGACGAAACCGAGUACGAGGAAGAGCGGUACGCUUGGCUGGAGCGCGCACAGCGUCGUCAACAAGAAAUGAACCGCCGAGACACGGUCUGCCGACAGGCGCGGAGAGCCGACUACGCGCAUAUUGAAGCUGACAAACUGCAGGCGCAUGCAGCUUUUGGCAGGGCUCGGUACUAUGAGAUCAACUAUGAUGAUGCUCUCCAGGAAGUUAGAGAGCAGGAGAUCUUCGCAGAGAAGGAGCGUAAAAAAGACAUGCAGCGCAAACGGCGACGGGAGAAGUCCAUGGCUACAACCAUGGAACAGCGGCAGUCGGCGCUCGCAAGGGCCUCCGCGGCACAGGACGAGGCCGAGCGUCAGAAGUACAUGCGUGAGGCCGAGCGCGCCAACAAGAAAGUUCAGCAGACCAAAUACAUUUUGCAGAAGGGUCUCAAGGGCCCGGCCCGCAACGUCGGCCCGAUCGAACCGAAUCUGGAAGGCGGCACCAUGGCGACUUUCUCUGCCGAGAACAUGGAACCCGGCAAGAGUACCAAAGGGAAGGGCCGCGCUGGAGGCAGGCUCAAGAAAUCCAAAGAGCAAAAACAGGCGGAGAAGGAGUCCGCCGAAGCAGCCCAGGCCGCGCUGGAUGCCGGCGAGGAGCUCCCGAGCAGGGAAGAAACCGCCAAGAUCCGUAUCAAGUUCAGCAAGUCCAAAGUGGGCAGGGAAGAUACGGACAAGGAAAACAAAGAGCCGAAAGAGCCGAAGGAGAAGGAGAAGGCCGCUGAGGACCCCAAGGAUGCACUCGAGGCCAGAUUCCAGACCAAGGGCUAUAAUCAGAUCUAUGACCAGAUCUGGCGCGACCUUGCAAGGAAAGAUGUGAACAGGGUCUUCCGUCUAGCGACCGACUCGUAUUCCACCAAGGCGUCUAAUCUCAAGAAGACAGCGAUUCUGGCGUCCAAAGAAGCCAAGAGAUGGCAGCUCCGGACCAACAAAGGCACCAAGGAUCUUCAAGCGCGCGCCAAGCGUGUCAUGCGUGACAUGAUGAGCUUCUGGAAGCGGAACGAGCGAGAGGAGCGCGACCUGCGCAAGGCCGCCGAGAAGCAAGAGCUCGAGAAUGCCCGCAAGGAGGAGGCAGAUCGCGAAGCCGCCCGCCAGAAGAGGAAGCUCAAUUUCCUCAUCUCGCAAACCGAACUCUACUCUCACUUCAUCGGCAAGAAGAUCAAAACGAGCGAGGUCGAGCGGAGCACCGAUCACCCCGAUGUUGCGGAGCUAGAUAAGGAUAAGAUUCAAGAAAGCACGCUCAACAUCGAAGAGCCGGUUGGGCCUGUCGGGGCCAAGGUCACCAACUUUGAGAACCUCGACUUCGAUGCUGAAGACGAGUCCGCUCUUCAGGCUGCUGCCGUGGCUAACGCGCAAAAUGCCAUCGCGGAGGCACAAAGAAAGGCCCGCGAGUUCAACAAGGACGAUACCAAGCUGGAUGAGGAUGGCGAGAUGAACUUCCAGAAUCCCACUGGUAUGGGCGACGUUGAGAUUGAGCAGCCGAAGCUUCUCAACUGCCAGCUCAAAGAGUAUCAGCUCAAGGGCCUCAACUGGCUCGUCAACCUGUAUGAGCAGGGCAUCAACGGGAUUCUCGCUGACGAAAUGGGUCUCGGCAAGACGGUGCAGUCCAUCUCGGUCAUGGCUUACCUCGCGGAACGUUACGACAUUUGGGGGCCCUUCCUCGUCGUUGCUCCCGCGUCAACACUGCACAACUGGCAGCAAGAGAUCACGAAGUUCGUGCCGGAGUUCAAGGUGCUGCCGUACUGGGGCACUGCGGCAGAUCGGAAGGUGCUAAGGAAGUUCUGGGACCGCAAGCACACGACGUACAAGAAGGAUGCGCCCUUCCACGUCAUGGUUACCUCUUACCAACUUGUCGUCUCCGACGUCGCAUACUUCCAGAAGAUGAAGUGGCAAUACAUGAUCCUCGACGAGGCCCAAGCCAUCAAGAGCUCCCAGAGCUCGCGGUGGAAGUGUCUGUUGGGUUUCCAUUGCCGGAACAGGCUGCUCCUGACGGGUACUCCCAUCCAGAACAACAUGCAGGAGUUGUGGGCCCUCCUCCACUUCAUCAUGCCGUCGCUUUUCGACUCCCACGAUGAGUUCAGCGAAUGGUUCUCGAAGGACAUCGAGUCACAUGCGCAGAGCAACACGAAGCUGAACGAAGAUCAGCUCAAGCGGUUGCACAUGAUCCUGAAGCCGUUCAUGCUUCGUCGUGUCAAGAAGCAUGUCCAGAAGGAACUGGGCGACAAGAUCGAGCUCGAUGUGUUCUGCGACCUGACAUACCGUCAGCGGGCGAUGUACGCGAACCUGCGAAACCAGAUCAGCAUCAUGGACCUGAUCGAGAAGGCGACCCUUGGUGACGAUGACUCGGCUAGCCUUAUGAACCUCGUCAUGCAGUUCCGGAAGGUGUGCAACCACCCGGAUCUGUUCGAGCGCGCCGACACGUCUUCGCCGUUCUUCUGCGGUUACUUCGCUGAGACGGCCUCGUUCAUCCGCGAGGGCGCCAAUGUCACGGUCGGCUACUCGACGCGCAGCCUGAUCGACUAUGAGCUGCCCCGGCUUGUCUGGCGCGAUGGGGGCCGCUUGCACAAGCCUGGCCCUGAUAAUCCGGUUGCUGGCUUCCGAGGCAAGUAUCUGGGCGAGAUGCUGAACAUCUGGACUCCCGAGCAUAUCCGCGAAAGCCUGCAAGGCGUUGACAAUUUCUCGUGGCUCCGCUUCGCCGACGUCAGCCCGCAGGAAGCCUACCGAGCCAGUCACAAGGACGUCUUCGCCCGGGCGGCCGAACUUGCCACGCGAAAGAGUCGCCUUGGAGCAAUGAAGGUUCUCUACAGCGAACCUGAGGACGGACGCUGGACGCCCGCGCAUGCCCUGUUCCAGAUUAGGGAGCGUGAAGAUCGCAGGCCGUUGGCCGACAUCACAGAGCAAGGCGUCCUCGCCACCCUUAUGAACGUCUCCCGGUCUACCUUCAGCGACCUUGGCCUUGGGCGGCUCGAGCAAGCUGCGCGCCCGCGUGCUUCUGCUCCUCCGAUCGAAGUUAUCUGCGAUAGCCGUGCCUCGGUAAUUGAGCGGGAGAAUGUCUUGUUUAACGCGCCAAUGCGCAAAGUAUUGUUUGGAGCCACGCCCGCCGAGGAGAAGGCAUUUGUCAACCAGAAGGUACCACCGCAGUUCUACCCAGCGCCUGCCCUGCUGCCCGCUCCAGACAAGGAGAAGCAGCGAUUCACGAAUAUCACUGUCCCGUCGAUGCGACGCUUUGUCACCGACUCGGGCAAGCUCGCUAAGCUGGACGAGCUGUUGCGGGAGUUGAAGGAGGGUGGGCACCGUGUGCUCCUGUAUUUCCAGAUGACGCGCAUGAUCGACCUGAUGGAGGAAUAUCUUACCUACCGCAACUACAAGUAUUGCCGUCUGGAUGGCUCAACCAAGCUCGAGGACAGACGCGAUACCGUGGCCGAUUUCCAGACGCGGCCCGAGAUCUUCAUCUUCCUCCUCUCCACCCGCGCAGGUGGUCUCGGCAUCAACCUCACAACCGCGGACACGGUCAUCUUCUACGAUUCGGACUGGAAUCCGACGAUCGAUUCGCAGGCCAUGGACCGUGCCCACCGUCUCGGCCAGACCAAGCAAGUCACCGUCUAUCGUCUGAUCACUCGCGGCACGAUCGAAGAGCGCAUCCGCAAGCGUGCCAUGCAGAAGGAAGAGGUGCAGCGUGUCGUCAUUACGGGCGGUGCCUCUGCCCCUGGCGGCGGCGGCGUCGACUUCUCUGGUCGGCGGGCUCCGGAGAACCGCAACCGUGACAUCGCCAUGUGGCUGGCGGACGACGAGCAGGCCGAGAUGAUCGAGCGGCGCGAGAAGGAGCUACUCGAGAGCGGCGAGUAUGAUAAGAUCCAGAAGAAGCGGGGUGGCAAACGCAAGCGCGCAGGCGAGGCGGCUGCCGUCAGCCUGGAUGAAAUGUACCAUGAGGGUGAGGGCCACUUUGAUGACAACAAGGGCUCCGGCGCGGCGACACCCACGGUUGCCGAGGAUCCUCGAGCAGCGAAACGCAAAAAGGCGGGCGGCAGCAAAAAAGCCAAGACAACUAAGCAGCGGCUCGCCAUUGCCGACGGCGAGAUGGACUUUUAG